AUGGCCACCUCAUCCCGCCACUUCUUCUACAAUAUCUGCACAGUGGACAACCCACCACGGACAGUUGCUCUCUGCCCUGGCCGGCCAAUCGUCGCCUUCGGCUGCGCCGCGGGCAUCGAAAUCCACAGCGUGAACGAAACAAAACGCAAUGAACAACGCAAACACUUCACCCUCCCUCAACCCUCUGAAAUCCUUCAUUUCCUCCCAAGUAGCUCAGAAACACCCAGCGAGCUACGUCUCAUCUCCUCAUUAGCCGGACCGGGCUUGCACGAAUGCAAAUGCCCCCCUUCACCCUCCCCUUCAUCUUCAUCCUCUUCAACAUCAUCUCCCAAACUCGACCCAAAAAACAACCAAUUCCAUUUCCUCGCAGAUAUUCAAUCCUUCAAUCGCCGCCGCAUUCCCCACGCCCCAUCCCGUAGCUUCGUCCGCGCAACACACUGCCACCACUAUCGUGCCGUCCCCAUCAACGACGGUUUCCACAUCAUGUUCAUCGAGCCACGCACAAACCUACUAUGCAUUGGCACCGACGCUCCAAUCGGCGGGACAACAAACCUAACCCGCGCAUUCGUCUGUGUUCCACCACCUUUCUCAAAUACCCAAGACGGACAGACCAAGACACCGCCCCCAUCCCCAUCUCCCUCAAACACAACCCCACCUCCAGCAGACCUCCCAAUCCCAACAACCUUCGCCGCGGGCUCUGACCUGCGCUGGGGUCUCCGUGUUGUUGCAGCCUAUGGUGACCGCCUCGUGCUAUACUCCAUCCCCUUGGACGUAUUUAACGUGAUCCGUAAAGAGCGUGAACAUCAAGCCGAUGGGAUAAUGGGUGCUAGCGAUCACGCGCUUGACUGGUACGUUGACGCGGAGCGGUCCCACAAGCGGCGUGAGAGUUUGGUGCAGAACCAGAAUGGGGACUGGGAGUUCCUUUUGUCUGUCUCCUACCGUCCUACGGCUAUGAUGUGGCCAUUUAAGAUCUAUGGCAAGGAGAUCGGGUCUGUUAAGGGAACUGUGGAGCUUGCUUUGCAGUCUUCCCAGGGUGGAGUUAGAGUUUGGGCUUUUGGGGAGGAUGGUAAAGCCACGGUUUUGGAUGUUGAUACUGUUGAUGUUCCCACUCGGUCUCUUAGUGUUGGUUCGGACGGGGGACUGGAAGAUCUUGGUAUCGUUCAGAAGACUGGUCUGAGUGGCCUGAGGGUUUCGAGGAAACGGAAGUUCGAGGAGGUGAAGACUGGGUUUGCGGGUCGAUAUGGUGCUGGUCGCUAUUCGGCUGGAGUGGAUGUCAAGCCUUGUGCUGCUGGGGUUCAUGGUAUACAUCAGCAUCCAUCUGUUCGACGUUCGUCUUUUGCAGCUUGCAUUAUAGAUUUUAAGAUUCCCUUGUAUUAA